AUGGUCCUUAAUUGGCAUCAGAGAUCUCACAUGGGGAAGAAGCCGUAUUCCUGUCCUGAGUGUGGAAACUGUUUUUCAAAGAAGUCAAUUCUUUAUAGACAUCAAGAUCUCACACGGGGGAGAAAGCCGUAUUCCUGUCCUGAUUGUGUGGGAAAUGUUUUUCAGAAGUCCAGUCUUCACAUACAUCAGAGAUCUCACACAGGGGAGAAGCCAUAUUCCUGUCCUGAGUGCGGGAAAUGUUUUUUCAGGAAGUCCAAUCUUUACACACAUCAGAGAUCUCACACAGGGGAGAAGCCGUAUUCCUGUCCUGAGUGUGGGAAAUGUUUUUCAGACAAGUCCAAUCUUUACAAACAUCAGAGAUCUCACACGGGGGAAAAGCCAUAUUCCUGUCCUGAUGUGGGAAAUGUUUUUCACAGAAGUCCAGUCUUUCACAAGCAUCAAAGAUCUCACACAGGGGAGAAGCCGUAUUCCUGUCCUGAGUGCGGGAAAUGUUUUUCACAGUUAAGACCAGGUCUAACACACAUCAGAGAUCUCAUACGGGGGAGAAGCCGUAUUCCUGUCCUGAGUGCGGGAAAUGUUUUUCAGUGA